ACGCACAUGCACACAUGCGCGCGCGCAAGCACACACUCACAAAGCGCGGAGGGCAACGUGAAUGACCUUGCAAAGGUAUCUUGCCGACUGGGGACAGGAUUAGCAAACCUGAAACCUCUGCAAAUAUUUGUCUUCCUCCCGCAUUCCUCCUGAAGCGGUUCGCUCCUCUCGCUGUCUCUACCAGUCCCCUCUCAGUUUUGCUCCGACAUACAAAGCCUAACCCACCCAUCUCCUCUCCGCAAGCCCAGAGAACUUCAUUCCCCAUGUUGAAACUCGUCGGUGGCAGUGGCGGGCAGGACUGGGCAUGCUCAGUGGUGGGGACAAGUCUGGGAGGCGAGGAAGCCGCGUUUGAAGUCGCGCGGCCCGGGGGUCGGGGAAAGGCGGGUGGAGGGAGCCCCGGCUGGGGGUGUGCGGGGAUCCCGGAUUCCGCGUCCGGGGCUGGCGUGCUCCAGGCUGGCGCCGCGGGGCCGGCGCGCGGGGGGCAGGGCGCGAAGAAGGUGGGGGAGUCCGAGGGAGGAGGGGAGGAGCGCCGGGUUCGCCAUCCCCAGGCGCCGGCUCUGCGGCUGCUGAAUCGGAAGCCGCAGGGAGGAUCCGGGGAAAUAAAGACGCCCCAGAAUGACCUCCAGCGAGGCCGCCUGAGCCGGGGCCUGCGCGCAGCCCCGCCAGCCCCCGGCAUGGGUGACCGCGGCGGGCAGCCAGAGCGCUCGGCCCCGCACUCCCCAGGGGCCCCGGUGGGCACCAGCGCCGCCGCUGUAAACGGGCUGCUGCACAACGGCUUCCAUCCACCGCCGAUCCAGCCACCGCUCGUCUGCAGCCGGGGUCCCGUGGGCGGCAGCGACGCGGUGCCCCCGCGCCUCCAGCUCCUGCCCGAGCUCCAGCCGCAGCCACUGCUCCCUCAGCAAGACUCCCCGGCCAAGAAAUGCCGGCUGCGGAGGAGGAUGGACUCGGGGAGAAAGAACAGGCCGCCAUUCCCAUGGUUUGGCAUGGACAUCGGUGGAACACUGGUUAAAUUGGUCUACUUUGAACCAAAGGAUAUUACAGCCGAAGAGGAGCAAGAGGAAGUGGAGAACCUGAAGAGCAUCCGGAAGUAUUUGACUUCUAAUACUGCUUAUGGGAAAACCGGGAUCCGAGACGUCCACCUGGAACUGAAAAACCUGACCAUGUGUGGACGCAAAGGGAACCUGCACUUCAUCCGCUUUCCCAGCUGUGCCAUGCACAGGUUCAUUCAGAUGGGCAGCGAGAAAAACUUCUCUAGCCUUCACACCACCCUCUGUGCCACGGGAGGCGGGGCUUUCAAGUUCGAAGAGGACUUCAGAAUGAUUGCUGACCUGCAGCUGCAUAAACUGGAUGAACUGGACUGUCUGAUUCAGGGCCUGCUUUAUGUCGACUCUGUUGGCUUCAACGGCAAGCCAGAAUGUUAUUAUUUUGAAAAUCCCACAAAUCCUGAAUUGUGUCAAAAAAAGCCGUACUGCCUUGAUAACCCAUACCCUAUGUUGCUGGUUAACAUGGGCUCAGGUGUCAGCAUUCUAGCUGUGUACUCCAAGGACAACUAUAAAAGAGUUACAGGGACCAGUCUUGGAGGUGGAACAUUCCUAGGCCUAUGUUGCUUGCUGACUGGUUGUGAGACCUUUGAAGAAGCUCUGGAAAUGGCAGCUAAAGGCGACAGCACCAAUGUUGAUAAGCUGGUGAAGGACAUUUACGGAGGAGACUAUGAACGAUUUGGCCUUCAAGGAUCUGCUGUAGCAUCAAGCUUUGGCAACAUGAUGAGUAAAGAAAAGCGAGAUUCCAUCAGCAAGGAAGACCUCGCCCGGGCCACAUUGGUCACCAUCACCAACAACAUUGGCUCCAUUGCUCGGAUGUGUGCGUUGAAUGAGAAUAUAGACAGAGUUGUGUUUGUUGGAAAUUUUCUCAGAAUCAAUAUGGUCUCCAUGAAGCUGCUAGCAUAUGCCAUGGAUUUUUGGUCCAAAGGACAACUAAAAGCUCUGUUUUUGGAACAUGAGGGUUAUUUUGGAGCUGUUGGGGCACUGUUGGAACUCUUCAAAAUGACUGAUGACAAGUAGAGACAAGCAGUGGAGGAAAUAGCCUCCCAAGAGGACAGAAAACUAAAAAAUUGCUGCUGUAGAAGGUGAAAGUCGCUUUGGGACGGAAGCCAAGCCAUUAUGGCAGAUGAACCUGCUGGAUUUGUAAAUAAUUUAAAAUCCUUCCAGAUGAUCUUUUACUCUUAGGUUUUGAGCUAAUGAUUCAAAAUGGGGAAAUAUAAAAGGUUUUUUUCUGUAUACUGUAUUUUUUUAAAAAAAUGGUGCAGCGUGGCCAAACCUACCAAUUGUAUGCAUUAACUUUGAAAAGUUGUGUGAUGUUUAAGAAGGACCUGAUAUGUAAGCGCUGUUCAUUUUUCUUCUGGGGUUUACUGAUCAGUGUGAUGAUUUUAACUUCAUUUAGUAAUUACUCUAGGAGAUUUUAUCUUGACUCAUAUUUUUCAUGACGUUUCAUGAUUUGCUGUUGGUUUCAAAUGAAACUACAAAUCUGGCAUGUUUUACUGUGAACACUUUUGUUAUUUGUUUGUUUACCCUUUUUUGUCUUGUUUUUCGUUUUAAUUGUCUUAUGAAAAAAGAGAGUCCUUCCUUCUGUUUCUGUCCUUGGAUGAUCUCCCUCCCCCUACCUGUAACCUUUUUUAGACAUAAUUGUUCAUAUCAAUCAAGGUGCUGACCAGCUCAAUACAAAGUUAAGCACAAGAUCUAAAGCUCUCGAAAAUGUCUGUGAAGAGAAGACUGAAUGUGUUAACGAAUUUAAUGAGUCUGGCAAAAGUUGCAAAUUAUGUGCAAGUUUGUUUUAUCCCUCAUAAAUAUAGUGUUUCAUUGGAUUUCUUUUAUCUAGGUUAUAUUAAGUUGAAAUAGUCUAUGAUGAAAUGUCCUCAUCCAUGCACAGAAUAUGAAUGGCAGCAAAUCUUUGUGCAAGAAGUUUGAAACUUACAUUGGGGAAAGCCUCCCAGUAGAUUAACUGUUCAUAACAGAAGAUUUAGGGUAAGUCAUGGGUUGAGGUGUCAGGUAGCAAUAUCUAUUUGUUUGUACAUGUAAUAUACCUAGGAACUUUGUAACAAGACAUCUUUAAUAAUGUUAAAGUUUUUUUCAUUUUUAAUAUUUUAAACUAAAAACUGUAUUUCAAUCUCAGUUUCUAAAAUUAAAAAUAAUUUAUACUGAUCUAUAUAUUUUUUCUUUUUGAAAGAUUGCAUUAAGACUGAUGGGUAACUUUCAAAUGAGGGUCACGUACAAAUAUUGGAAUGCAUGAGACCCAGCAAUCUUGUGUAUUGAGCUUAUGGUUGAAAGGGAUUUUUGAAAAACAGUACAAUUACUCCAUGAUGAAUCUUCCUUUCUCUGCCUUCUGAGCACCAUCUUUAAUUUCCAUAACUUCAAGUCUUGAAGAAGUUGAUGCUAAUUGAAGAAUUCACUUGUCUGGUUAAAAUAAAGCCUGUUUCUGUUGUGA